GCGAGACCCCUCAGCUUCCUCCUCGAGUCCCCCACUCCGGUGUCACCAUGUCUGAAGAGAGCACUGCAAAGCACGUACCCGCGCAGAGCGAGGAGCUGGAGCAGCCGCAGAACGUGGUGAGCAGGGUGGCCAACCUGCCCCUGGUCAGCUCCACCUAUGACAUGGUCUCCACUGCCUACACCUCCACCAAGGACAAUCACCCCUACCUCAAGUCGGUGUGCGACGUGGCCGAGAAGGGUGUGAAGACCCUCACCUCUGUGGCCGUCAGUGGGGCCCAGCCCCUCCUCACCAAGCUGGAGCCCCAGAUUGCAACAGCGAACCAGUAUGCCUGCAAGGGGCUGGAUAAGCUGGAGGAAAAGCUGCCAAUUCUGCAGCAGCCCACGGAAAAGGUAGUGGCAGACACCAAGGAGCUGGUGUCCUCCACAGUCAUGGGGGCCAGAGACACUGUCUCCAGCACCGUCAGUGGGGCUAAGGAUGCGGUGAGCAGCCGUGUGACUGGCGUGGUGGACCUGGCCAAGGGCGCUGUGCAGGGCAGUGUGGAGAUGACCAAGUCAGUGGUGAACAGCAGUGUGAACACAGUCCUGGGGUCCCGAGUGGCCCAGAUGGUGGUCACAGGCGUGGAUGUUGUGCUGGGGAAGUCGGAGGAGCUGGUGGAUCACUACCUGCCCAUGACAGACCAGGAGCUGGCUAAGCUGGCCACAUCAGUGGAAGGCUUUGAAAUGGCCUCAGUGGAGGAGCAAAAGCGGCAGCAGAGCUACUUUGUGCGCCUGGGCUCCCUGUCCAGCAAGCUGCGGCACCGGGCCUACCAGCACUCCCUGGGCAAGCUGCGCUGUGCCCGGCAGAGCACCCAGGAGGGGCUGGCCCAGCUCCACCACACCAUCGAGCUGAUCGAGCAUGUCAAGCAAGGGGUAGACCAGAAGCUCCACAACGGCCAGGAGAAGCUGCACCAGAUGUGGCUGGAGUGGAGUAGGAGGCAGCCGGGUGGGAGUGAGCAAUACGACGCUGCCCACCCUGAGGUGGAGUCCCGCACCCUGGUCAUGUUCCGUGGCAUCACCCAGCAGCUGCAGGCCUCCUGUCUGGGCCUCAUGGCCAAUGUCCAGGGCCUCCCUGUGAGCAUCCAGGACAAGGUGCGGCAGAUGCGCCACCACAUGGAAGAGCUCCACACGUCUUUUUCAGCUGCCCACUCCUUCCAAGACCUGUCCAGCACUGUCCUGACCCAGAGCCGGGAGAGGGUGACCAAAGCCCGCGAGUCCCUUGACGAGCUGCUGGACUACGUGGCGCAGAAUGCCCCCCUGCCGUGGCUUGUGGGACCUUUUGCACCUGUGCUGGUGGAGCACCCGGAAAAUCUGGCCACGGGGAUGGAGAAGAAGGAAGAGGAAGCUACUGGCCCAGCCCAGAGGGGGGAAGAGCAGCCAUCCCCGCUGGCCUCUGAGGCCUAGAAGGCUCCUUGAAGUGAUGGAGUUGGCUUCUUGCAAAGGACAGAGCUUCUGUGUGGCAUUCAUGUGUCUAACCUCAUGUCUGGGGGAGGGGGUUUGUCUUGUAUUUUUUUUUUUUUCUUACUGGCUGGGAUAGGUGGGUAGGAACAAUAGGGAACCUGAUAGUCCCUCAAAUCAAGUAGCAAAACUAGCCAGGACUGAUGCAUCGGAGCUGCCUGUGGCUGAGGUAGCCUCACUGAGAUGCUCCAGCCAAACAGCUUGGCACAGAUGCUGCUGCCUUAGUCUUGUCUGAGCUCUGGGGGCCUGAGCCCCAAUGCAACACCACAGUGUCUGGACUGGGGCUGCGGCUCUGACCUGCUCUUAACCAGGGCCUAGGGCAUGUUGGGGUGGCAGGUCCAGGAAAUGGGCUCUACUUCUGGUGAGCUCUGGCAGCCUUUGCCUUUCCCAAGGGCUAUGAGACUUCAGUCAUCUGGUGUCUCGUCCACACUGCUGCUCCUGCUUUCUGCAAAGCUUGCCCUAGGAUGGACAUCAUCUCCCUGCCCCCUCAACAUCUUCAGGGGCCAGUUGUGAGCUCUUCAGGUUGCUGCUGAAGCCUUGUGCUCCUCUGAUCCAUCUUGAAGCCAUUAAAGCCAACUGCCUGUGAAACAACCUGGCUCCAGCACGGCAGUGAUGACUCAAAGUGCUGCCAAAGGGGCACAGUUGGUGCCCAGUUCUCCUCUCCCAAAGGGCUUGAUUUGGGCAGUGAGCAGUUAUCUGAUCUGAUCUUCUUCCUCUAAGUGCCAUUAACACUUUCUACCUUUUGUAGAACCAUGACUUUUUUUUUCCUCUCUCUUCCAGAAUAAAAUCUCUUUGCAUUCAC